UUUACCCUGUUCGUAUUUAAUUUUGAAAUAUAAAUUAUUUUACUGAAAUUCAAAGUACUACAUUUUUCCCCUCUCUCUACAGUCUUCAUCAUGUCAAGAUCUCCCCACUCCAUCUUCAACCUCCCGCAAGAUGUCAUCUUUGACAUCCUCUCUCGUCUUCCCACCAAAUCCCUAAUUCAGUUCACUUCUGUAUGUACUUCAUCCCCACCGUUAAUCUCCCACCCUUCUUUCACCAAACUCCACCUCUCUUCUUCCGCCGCCGCAGCCGACGACCAACACCUACUCGUCUACUAUGAAUCCACCGAUUACAUCAACCAAUUCUACUCCUUCAGAUCCCCAAUCACCUUCCAAGAAUCGCUUAAACUUCAGAUCCCCUACAAAAACCUUCAUGGGUACCUCCGAAUUGUGGGAUCAAACAAGGGUGUAAUCUGUUUCUUCGAUACAAAUUAUUACUCGAACGUCGGUAUGGUAAUUCUCUGGAACCCUAGUAUUAAAAAGCUGAAGAAAAUCGACGACCCUAGUUAUAUUCUCGAUAGAGUUUCUCAUUUUGUUGUUGGGUUUGGUUUUGUUUCAAGGACCUGUGAGUUUAAGAUCGUUGUGAUUGUUUAUUAUCUGGACAAUUCCAACACCAACAGUGUAUCAGUUUAUUCUCUUGGUACCGAUUCAUGGAAGAAAAAGGAAGACAAUAUCGCUCCAUGUUAUUUGAUGAGGGGUUGGUCUAAUAAUGUGUUUGUCAACGGUUUUGUAAAUUGGUUAGCUUGUAAGCAAGAAAUUAGGGGUGUAUCGCAUGAAAUAAUGGCGUUUGAUUUAGAGGAUGAGAUUUUUCAUGUUCUUGAAUUACCAAAGAACAUUAGGCCUUCUUAUAAUCAAGUUCACCUAGCUUCAUAUGGCGAGUCUUCUUCUUUAACCUUUUGUGCUCAUUAUCUUGAGCUCAAUGGAGAAAAAUGGGAUAUGUGGGUGAUGAGUGAUUAUGGAGUGGUGGAUUCUUGGAGGAAAGUUUGUGUGAUUUCACAGCCUAUGUUAUCAAUUCCACCAUUGUUGAUGAAGAAUGAUAAUGAGGUUUUGAUUGUGACAAAUGAUGGGAGGCUUAUGUUGUUUGAUGUGAACAAGAAUGAGAUGUUUGAUCUCAAGACAUGUGGUUUGCCUCGUAUGUAUCGUGCUAUCAAUUAUACUGCUAGCUUAGCUCUUCUUCAUGGUUGAGGGAAAGAAUCAAUCAACUUUUUGUUUAACGGUUUCAAUGUUGUGUUCUUGAUAUAUUGGUAAUUGUAGAUGUUUGAUAUGUUACAUAGUAAUGAAGGAUCUUGUCAUAUGGGUUAUGGUGUAGAUGUUUAUAAAGAAUUAUGUAUAUCAUUGUUAGGUACUAGGUCAAAAAGGGUAAAUCUAUAGUCUGGGUCGAAACAUUUUGUUUGUAUUUAAUUUAGUUUAUAUAUAAUAAAUAACAAUGUACUUUCAUUUCA